AGUGUCGGUUAAAGUCGACAUCCUCUGCAUAUUCAUGGACGAGCGUCGACGUUGCGUCGAUUAAAGUUAACAAUAACAAUAACAAUAUGCAAACGUUUUUGCUCGUGGUCGUCAAAUAAUAUUUAUUACUUAUUAGUGAGACUAUUACGGGCUCUGCUCGGACCAGCGUCAUAUCGGAGAGGUAAACAACGUAUAUGGUCAUUAAAUAUAUUAAGGGCGGAUUCAUAUGACAAUCAAGUUCACCUGCCAGCGUUACGGGAGUAUUUCGUUUUAGUAGAAAUACACGCCAAUAAAAUUUCCUCUCUGGUUCUAGUAACGUUGUAAUAUACCGUAAAAAAUGCUAGAAAUAACAUGUAAUGAUCGUCUUGGUAAAAAAGUUAGAGUUAAAUGCAAUCCAGAUGAUACAAUAGGGGAUUUAAAAAAAUUAAUAGCAGCCCAAACUGGAACUCAUUGGGAAAAGAUAGUUUUAAAAAAGUGGUAUACUAUAUUUAAGGAUCACAUAAAAUUACAAGAUUAUGAAAUUCAUGAUGGCAUGAAUUUAGAACUGUAUUAUCAAUAAUUAAUAAUUAAUAUUAUAUAAGUUAAUGUUAUGUAUAUAUAUAAUAACAGUAAUAGUAAAUUUUAUAUUUAAGCAUU